CAUGGCUUUUCUUUGUAGCCGCGGACUCUAACCACUUGGUUAAGGAAGGUCAAGUAUUGUUAUUUAUGUAUUUAGAACAAACGAACCAGUACAAGAGCAUUUUGAUUACCUAUUUGUAAGAAAUUUAUUGAAAUAUUUUUAUAUGGGAAAAUGAGGCGGUUAGUUAUCAAAGUCUUUUAUCGUAACUUACCGAAAUUUUUAAUGGGUGUUUGUAGAUGAUCGAUGAUUUACUCUUUUGGUAAUAGGACCCUAUUUUUUGGAGACUAAGUGUUGCAAGUUACCCUGCAUACAAACAUUUUUAUAAAUAGUUGUUAUAACUAAAAAUGAUUAUGGACUUUGACACUAGUUUGUUCAGCAGGCCAAUUGAUGAUGGUUCACUGCGUGGUAUUUAUUUCUUUUAUACUUUUUUAGUUUAACAUAGAACAUUGAUUGUUUCACUUAGGUCGAACUUUAAUACAGGCAUUCGGAAUGAAAUAUUUGAAUUAUUUUUUUGUAAUUAUGGAACUUAUCUGUUUGAUAAAACGUCUGUAUUAAAAUUGCAUGGAAAAAACUAAAAUUGUCCUUAUCAUAUUUUUAGAAUACUAAAAUCUAUCUUCCUAACCACCGGCCAAAUAUACAAAAACAUUCAAGUUAUAAAUGAAAAAGCGUUUUCCCUUCUGUGUUUUCUAUACUGAUGCACCACGCCGAAAAGGCGCCACGAUCUUUAAACAGAUUGGGAACCUCUGCUAUGCUGUGGGAUGCUUGGCGCUUUCACCAUGAACUGCACCAAUUCAUCGCCACGCGUUUUCAAUAAUCCUCAUAUCGUCUUACCGCGCGGUUGUGUUUCCGUUUCAAGCGAAGAAGCAUUCAAGAUUUUGGCAUGGUCUUAUAACUGUUUUAAAACCAAUAAUUGAUCUAUAAAAUUACAAUAAAACCAUUAGUGUUAAAAGGGCAGUUCUAUAAGCUAAUCCACUUUCCCCAUUGUACAAUGAUGGAUCGUCUUGGACGCGAGGUGGACUUCGGAGAUCACGACGACGACGUUUGCACACCGGAACCAUCUUCGUCCUGUUCGACGUCGAUGCCAACGGGGACAAUCCGGCAGCACCUGCGAACGCCCAAAUGUGCCCGCUGUCGGAACCAUGGGGUAAUUUCGUGUCUUCGGGGACAUAAAAAGUUGUGCCGUUGGAGAGAAUGCUGUUGUCAGAGUUGUUUGCUGGUGGUGCAGCGCCAAAGGAUUAUGGCCGCACAGGUGGCCCUGAGGAGACAACAGCAGCAGACUGUGAUGGGUGGGGGAGUUAAUGGGGGACUGGGAAGUGAAUCGACGACAGUUUCAAGUGGCGGGAAAGUGUUGAACAUGGAAGAACUGAUCAUACAGAAGCAGAUCUAUAGUCAGCAACUAAAAGGGGUGCAGCGGUCCAAGAUGGCGAGCAGGAAUAUGAUUUACGACUCCCGCAAGUUUGCCUCAUUAUUCGAGUCGCCCCUGACGGAACGGAUCCGAAAGCGACGCGCCUUUGCCGACAGCCGAUUGAUGAGCGCACCGAUUCUGAUGGAAAUUCCCAGUCCAUCUCCGGCGAUUCCGCGGACCCUGCCAGCUUACCUAACACCUGCAGCAUUCAUCCCGCUGAAACCGUUGAUCUUGCCACCUCUAGAGUUUGCCCAGCGGAGUCUUCAGCUGAUGGAACAAUCUCCGCCACUUUCCCAAUCCUCGUCAUCACCUGCGCCGAGUAAACCGAAACUAUCGUUUUCCAUAGAAUCCAUCAUAGGGGUCAAAUGAAUAAGAGCACGCGCCUUUUCUGGUUUUAUCUUCUGUUAUAUAUAGGUUCUUUAUUUUUCACUAUUUAAUGUACAUAGCUUUGUUCUGUUAAAAAUAAACUCCGAGAAUAUAUAUUUCAAAUAAAAUUAAUAAUAAUAAAAACAGAGAUUGCUCUAAAUAUGAUAGUGUCUUUCAUUAGAUCAUAUGAUUUUGGAAGAUUCCUUCGAAAAUAUGGUAAAUAAACCUAUACCUAAAGGAUGGAACGAAA